AUGGAUCCAAACACGACCACCCCCAUCACAAACAAUCCUGUGCGCUCCUCCAGUCUACAACACAAGCGCUCAAUAAGUCAAAUUGAGACUUCGACGACAAACAAAUCGCGUCCACCCAGUCAAACAUCACAAUCACAACCCCCGAGCAGAACACACUCUCGCUCGUCGAGUACACAUCGGUAUAUAAAUAUUUAUGUUAAAGAUCCCUUUCAAUUAUCUUCUUUGUCAUCAUCAAUAAAAAUUGAUAACAAUUCAUCUCUUGAUAAUAAUUAUAGUAUUCAACAUAUGAAUCAUUUAUUAUACGAAAAUAUUGAUGAUAGUGAGUGGGAUAAUUAUACUAAUUCAUCGAAGAUUGAGUCGAAACCAUUAUUAUUUGAUAGUGAAUAUUAUGGUGAUCAAAUAAAAAAUGAUAUAAGGCAUUCCAGCUCAACACAGAUCGAGGCGGAAUACGCGUUCAAAUAUGGUGGAAUUGAGCGAGUUGGUAGUUAUGAGCCGCUUGAAGUGGGCUUGCUAUACGACGUUGGAAUGGUUGCUCUUCGUUUUCGUGAUAUAGUUGGCGAAGUUUUGGAGCAUGGAGAUGUUGUAAAUGUAUUGAAUUUUUAUGACGGUUAUAGUGGACUCAGGGAUCAACUUGAGGAUCUUGAAGAACACACAAGUUUAGAAGAUUCUAAGGAUGACUCAAUUUGGAAUCCUAUUUCUGAGAGGCAAAUUGCAGAAAUUUCAGAACUUCAUCCCAAAGAAAAGCGUCGUUAUAGUAUGCCAAUCAUGUUAAAUCGUAAACGUCAUAGUCUUACUAAAAAUGGUCAGUUUCAAGUUGAUUCAUCUGCGCCGCCGGUUCCGCCAAUCCCUCAAGUCUCUCCAGUUUCAAAUCAACCAUCAUUCAUUAAUUCUUCCGAUAAAUCAACGUCUCCUCUUCUUCCGACACCGUCCACAUCAGCUACUCAAUCCUCAGUUGAUACACUACCAUCGAACCCCACCGCAUUACACAUACAAAAUUUAAUUCAAGCAUCAGAAGCUCGAUUCCAAUCGAUACUAACAAACACGUUGGCUCUGAAUUUUUUUCAACGGUUCACUAUCAGUGAAUAUUCAGCUGAAAAUCCAUUGUUUUGGCUUGAUGUUGAACUUUUUGCCGCAGGCAUUUCUUCGGACGAUGAGGAUAAUUAUUUUGAUGAACAACAAACCGCGCUGAUACAUGCAAAGUAUAUUUAUUUGACGUAUAUUAGUCCGAAUGCUCCAUUGCAAGUUAAUUUGAGCGAUGAAAUUAGACGCGAAAUUCCUUGGCCACUUGACGAUGACUGUGUGAUAGAAAGAGACAUGUUUGAUGAAGCCCAAGAGGCUGUAUAUCAAUUGAUGAGAGGUCAUACAUUCAUGCGAUUUGAAGAGAGUAAAGAAUGGAGAGAAUGCCUAAGAAUCAAAACUGAGGAACCCGAAAUAUAUCAACAACAUCAAAUAACCAAAUCACUGGAACAUUAUUUUCGACCAAACAUGAAUCUAAUGCUUGCCGUAACAAUGUCACUUGACAAUGAGGAAUCAGCACCAGCUCUCAUUUCACAUCAUUAUAAAGAGCAAACGUUACACUCCAUCCUAUCACAAUAUUUCCCCCAAUCAAUAUUAUCGGACGGUACGGGAAAGAAACUCGAAAUUCAUCGAUACUCUGAAAUUCUUGCCCCGCCCGCACUACAAGGAUACUUCAACUCCGAGAACCGAAUGACCACCGCGCAGCGUAUGCGACGAAUUAAGAAAGAGAAAAAAUUACGUUGGGUCUUCGGUGAGAAGCUUGCAAAGAUGCCUGGACAGUUUAAUAACGUCGGAGGAAGAGCAAAAGAACUUUUGUUGGACGAUAAUGAGGACGCGACAAGUGUGACGUCAGUUUUGACUGCUAAUAGAAAAGCCACCAGAGAUGUUUGGAAUCGAAAGAAAAAAGUUGAGAAACUUGAGUCAAUCUUUGGUCAAACUUUGAAAGAAUCUCAGUUGUAUUCGCAGCAAAUCAUUAAAAAAGAGGCUCCGCAAAAAAGUAAUCAAAAUUCCUCUACGGUACCAUCAAAGAAAAACUCUUCCACCACAAUCAAAAAUAUCGAUUCUGUAAAGAAUAAUCCGACUUCUUCAUCACCAACAUCAUUUGAAUUUUUAACUUCGAAUCAUGACGAUGGGGUUCAUCUGACUACUAUCAAUGAUCUCAGUGCAAAAGAUCGUAGAAUAUUAUGGAAGAAAAGUCAAAAACUUAAACUGAUGCUCGGUGAGGCAUUGGACGAAGAAUUAGUACGUCAAACACUCGCAUUACCAACUACUAAUAAUGCUGCGUCAAUAGAUAAUGAGAAUUAUAGAUCGUCGGGACAAUAUCGGAAAAAAUUAAGAAGAGCUUCAGAUUCAAUGAUUCCUUCAACUCCGUCGACUAGUACGCAAUCACCAUUAACGACACCAUCCUCCUUUUAUUUUGCUGCUACGUCCCCGCAAAAGAAUGAUUCGUCAAAUAUGAACAACAGAGGUCAUAAUAAAGCAAACCGUGAAUCUGGAAGUUGGGAUGCAUCAAUUCGUAAUAAUGAUUACAUUAAUAGACCACAUGCUUCUCUAUUAAUUCUCAAGGACACAAAGGAGUAUAGACGAAAAAAAUUGCAAAAGCUUCAUCAAUUUCUUGGUGAAAAAGUUCCUGUUCACGUGGUGCUGGGUCAAGAUGAUGAUUAUGGUUCGUUACCAACCACACCUACAGCAAUAAGAAGCAGAUCACAUAAAGAGACAGGAUCAAAUUCCCUACAUUCAUCAAAGAAGCAAAGUAUUUCUUAUCAGCAUCAACACAAUAAUAAUAACGUCCCCGCUACCACCUCUUCAACUAGCAAUUACGAUACAUCUGAUCAAAUUCAUUCUCCACCGGUUAAUGCGAAAUUAUUAGCUCAAGACAAGAAACUACAUCAAAAGAGAGCUGUAAAGCUAAAGAAAAUGUUUGGAGAAACUCCUCCACAAGAUCUUUACAUAUCAUCAACGCCAGUUCAUCAUCCUCAAACCCCAUCUCCUCCAAUAUCACAAUCUUCAUCCAAAAGAGCAUCAACGUCAUCAAGAUUAGAUAUACAUCGUCGUAGUAUAAUGUCACUGGAUUAUCUAUUUGAGAACGAUCGAAAAGUCAUGUACGAAUUAAUAGAUUAUAUGUUUGAGAGUGAUGAUAAUGAAGCCGAGAGUAAUUUGACAAAUUCAACUCACAACAAUGAUGAAAUAAAUUUAAAUGCCUAUCGACAUAUUGCUUCUGCACCUGCGACACCUUCCACUGGUAAACCAUCCUUUUCACCUCCAAUACAUCAAUCUUCACCAUCAGGGAAACACUAUCGCCUCAAAGACAUCCAAAACUUAUCGAAAUUUUUUGGGGCAGAUGAUAACAACAAUAAUCAAAUGUUUCCUGUUGAGGUUCUCGAUGAGUUAUUGGCUGAUCUUGAGAAAGAAAUUCGAGAAGAAGCGAAUACAAAUGAUGGUGAAUUUGAUCGUGAAGCGAUAGAAGGAUUGAUCGGAAAAGUCAAGGAAUUGCGAGCAAAGACUAAUGAGUUACACGUUGAUUAUUAUAGAGAUGGGGGAACUUCAUCAAAUCGACAAUAUUCUCAUGGUCAUAAGCGUACGGAUAGAGAUUCGUUAUUGUUAAAUUGA